AUGUCAGGCGGUCUCUACGGAGGUAUCAACUUCUCCGCUCCAUCUGCUAUCGCCUCUAGCGGCAUAGCGACUCCCACCCUUUCUACCUCUACUGAUCACCCUGCCUCCGCCACCACCGUCGUCGCUGCUCCGUCAACCGAUGAGCUCAUCCCGGAAAAUGGAAAGGAUUACGGCCAGGAGACGAACAACCCAGGCAUGAGCGCCCGCAUGGAACGGUCUGCAGCCCUCGCUUUCGCUCCUGUGAGAAGACAGGCCAACAAGCCCAAACCGGCGGUCAGCAAGCCUCUCGCUGCUCGACUCCCAAACCUUGGGGUACCGGCCUCGACGACGAUCGCCCCUUUUCCCGGUCCGGGCGUGUCCAGCACUGCGACCAUUUCCGCUACUGCGGUCGUUUUCGCCCCGCCUACGGUUAGUGAGCCACCCCCGGAAGCGGCGGAGGGAUGGACGAAGAAGAUCAAGCCUCCUAGUAUGGUGCUCGAUGAGGAUGUGAAUGGUUUUAGAGGAGGGAGGGGAGGUGGUGGUGGAGGUGGUAGGCACAAGAAGAAAAGGAAGAACAAGCAGCAGAAUGUGAAUGUGUGGGAUCCUACGGAGAUGUAUGAUCCUACACGUCCGAAUGACUACCUUGAGUACAAGGCUUACAGAGAGAGGGAGAAAGAGGAGGCUGCGAUGAGGCGCUACGAAAGGAAGCGUUCUUGGCAUAGCAGCGAGGAUGAAGAAGGGAGCGGAAGUGAUGGCGAGAAUCGCUGGAGGCCGCAAAAGGCCGGUCGUUUCGAGCCGCGUGUUCGGGAUGAAUACGACGACGACGAACCUGCCCGACCUCGUGGCCUCGGUGCACCUUCCUUUGCACCUUCGUCUUCGAAGGUUUCUGGAGAUGCACCAUCCUUCGUUUCCACCGCCCCUGUUCAAAUCGCAAAAGACAUGACCGGGGAUGAGGCGUAUCAACGCCGUCUGGCCAUGUCUCGCGGUCCUGCCGUUGCUGCCGUUCCAUCUCCUGUGCCGUCGCCAUCUCCCCGUCCUCCUUCGCCUGCGCCAAGACCCAUCAUGGCCGAGACUGGGGAGGAAGCUUACCAGCGGCGCCUUGCUAUGAGCCGUGGGGCAGCCCCCAGACCCCCAUCUCCGCCGCUGCCCGCUAGUGCUCCUGAACCUCCCCAAUUCGUGCGUCCUCCACCAGAGCCAGAGGACGCCGAAUAUUCCUGGGCUGCACCACCCGCCUUCCCUCCUACAUUACCUGUCGCCCCUCCUCCAACAUCUUCUACGCCUCCCAUGGCAAUGGAUCCUGCCGUCGAGAAGCGUCGACAGGCGGCAGCAGCUAUUGCUGCUAAACUUGCAGCGUUGGCACCUGGCGGACCCACGUCUGUUUUCCAAGCGCCGAAACCUGCGUCUCCUGCGCCCGAAGAAAAUGCAGGUACUCCGCCUGAAGAGGCUGACUCGCACAACUUCGCGGCCCGUAUGAUGGCAAAAUGGGGUCACAAAGAAGGUCAGGGACUCGGCGUGAGCGGCGCGGGUAUCGUCCACGCUCUGUCUGUGGAGAAGGUUGGUGGGGCAAAGAAGGGCAAACCUGAGCAGGGUCGGUCAGGCAUGGGCAAGAUCAUCAAUGUCAACGAGGAUGUUAAGUUGAAAGAGGAGGUGGAGCGAUGGGGAGAGCAUAGCCAGGUUAUUUGCCUGAGGAAUAUGGUAGGCAAGGAAGAUGUCGACGCUGACUUGCAGGGAGAAAUUGCCGAGGAGUGCUCAAAGCACGGCGUAGUCGAGCGUGUCUACAUCCACGUCGCCCCGCGCCGCAGCGCGCCCGAAGACGAAGUCCGCAUAUUCGUCAAGUUUUCUGGACCUGUCGGUGCAUGGAAGAGCGUUCGUGAGCUGGACGGACGGUUCUUCAAUCGCCGGACCGUGAAGGCGAGGUAUUAUGAUGAACAGCAGUUCGAUAUGCACUACUUUGACAUGCCCUUGCCUUGAGUUCUUCUUUUACAUUCUCAUUCCUUUUACGUUGACGCUGUACUUCUUGAAUUGAUCAUCCCUGGCCAACGGAGUUGGGCCAGGUCUUCCA